AUGGUGAAAGGUACACUGGCUAAUCACCUGACGGUGCAGCUGGACCACUUCUACCUGAACUCGCCUCUCCAACCGGUCAACUCCUCACUGUCCCAGAAGCUUCUGGAUUCCGAGCCUCUGCCCCAGGACUCCGAUGCAAACGCCGCCGCCGACGACAGAGACUUCAUCCUUAGUCAGGAUUUCUUCUGUACGCCCGAUUAUAUAACUCCGCCUAUGCCGGCUGUCGGGAGCUAUGCCGGUGAGAACAAGGAAAAUUUCGAAUGCCCGAGGUCACCGGAGAAAAUUAAGACUAACCGGAGCAAAAGGCAAAAACUUGCUUCAGAUGCGAACUUAGAAGCCUCUACUGAAUCAACUGAUAUUGGCCAUCAAGCAUUGGUAGAAGAAGUUGCACAAUAUAGCCUUGUAACAGAUGAAAUGGAGAUCAACAAAACUGUCUCUUUGCAAAAGAAUCGUGGUUAUGUUUCACAGUCUGCUGUGGCUUUACGGUGUAGAGUUAUGCCUCCUCCAUGCCUUAAGAAUCCAUAUCUUAAGGACACUUUGGAGUUCGAUUCUGAUCCUUUGGAUAAUCAAAGAUCCAAAUGUGCAGGGUUUUACCCUGCAAGUAUUGGUGGUGAUGGCCUUUCACGCUAUCGAACAGAUUUUCAUGAAAUAGAGAAAAUCGGUAGUGGAAACUUCAACAAUGUCUACAAAGUAUUGAAGAGAAUUGAUGGUAGCAUGUAUGCAGUGAAAAUCAGCAUGAAACAGUUGCGCCAGGAUACAGAAAGGCGCAAAGCUUUGAUGGAAGUACAAGCUCUGGCUGCUUUAGGUUAUCAUGAGAACAUAGUGAGCUACUACACUUCUUGGUUUGAAAACGAACAACUUUACAUCCAACUGGAGCUGUGUGAUUCUUGCCUAUCGAUCAAUAAACUACCUAAAUUAUUGACAGAGGGAGAAGCUUUGGAGGUCAUGCAUCAGGUAGCGAAGGCAUUACAGUUUAUACACAAGAAAGGGAUAGCUCAUUUGGAUGUAAAGCCGGACAAUAUUUAUGUUAGAAAUGGGAUUUACAAACUUGGUGAUUUCGGUUGUGCGACUCUCAUUGAUAAGAGCUUGCCGAUUGAAGAGGGUGAUGCGCGUUACAUGCCGCAAGAAAUCUUGAACGAGAAAUAUGAUAAUCUUGAUAGAGUUGAUAUAUUCUCAUUAGGGGCUUCAAUAUAUGAGCUUGUGAGAGGAUCGCCUUUACCCGAAUCGGGUCCCCAUUUUAUCAAUCUUAGGGAAGGAAAAUUGCCUCUUCUUCCCGGUCAUUCAUUGCAGUUCCAGAGUUUAAUCAAGGCUAUGAUGGAUGCUGAUCCUGUUCGACGACCAUCUGCCAAGGAACUAGUCGAGAAUUCUAUCUUUAGCAGGCAUAAGAUUUGGAACAAAUAA